AUGAUGACCUUUGCCAUGCUGCGGCCAAUGGCGACUCAUAUGAUCAGCUACCCAGACCUGGGUAUGAUGUCCGAGGCCGAGGAUAACCGCAGUGAGAGCGACCGUAGCUCGGAUCAGAGCUAUGGAUGCUGCGUCUCCGCUGACAAACGUCGGAGGAUUUCCAGAAAAUCGGGAGGCAGCGGUGUUGUAAUAGUGAAACAGCGGAACGCAGCCAAUGCCAGGGAGCGCGACCGUACACAAAGCGUCAACAUGGCAUUUACUGCACUCCGGACUCUUAUACCCACUGAGCCGGUGGACAGAAAGCUCUCCAAGAUUGAGACGCUUCACUUGGCAUCCAGCUAUAUCUCCCACCUCGCCAACACCCUGCUGCUCGGAGACGGGAAUGGAGAUGGACAACCUUGUCUUGGCGCGGUUUACGCGCAAGGAGAGAGCGGUCGAAAGCAGCCUCGCACCAUCUGUACCUUCUGUUUGAGCAACCAAAGAAAGCGGAUUAAUGAUGGCAAAGAGAUGCGGGGUAUUGGUUCACUGAGGAUGAGCCGCAGAUAGAACACCAGACGAUAAACCACAGCAACCAGAACCACAACUCCCCAUCCACAACUCAGGGAACACUAAAAGACGGUCAUAACAGAACCAUAUUCAUCAUCCUGGAGAAUAUGUUACCAGAGACUAUUUAUACUUGAGGGAAAGGCAAUGGAACAAAACAAGGCCUAAUAUGUGAAGCCUUUAAAAAAUG